AUGUGCAACCACUUCACUGCCACACCUGACAGCUGCGCUAUGGAAGUGGACAAGGAUGCCGUUUCUGCCGUGCAAGAGUCCGUGGACCAGCUAGCUCUCAGCAUGUUCGAUUCCCUUCGAUUAAUCCCAUUUUCGGAGGAAGUCAAAGGGGGGGCGAGGGGGGUGGCCCCGUUGCAGCAGCAGCAGCAGCAGCCGGGACAACCCGGUGCAGCUCCCCUGAGGCGGGCGGUUACCACAAACGCCGCGUGGGCGGACACGGUGCAGUCCCUGGCAGAUGGGGUGCUGAAGCAAGCGAGAGCCUUGGAUGGCCUCAUCGAUGUGCUGCCGGGGGCAGAGCUGCGCGAAGAUCAGCAAAUGGAGGAGAUCGCUCGUCUCGACAGAGAAGGCAAACUCAAGAGAGCCGAGCUGGCUAAGAUGGUGGAGAAGGCGGAGGCACUGAGCAAGGAGGUGAACGGUAGCCUUGACCAACUUGCCGACCACAUGCUGGGAGCCCCGCGAUAGCAGCACGCGUUGGAAGAAAAUGCCUCUUGAGCGGGCCUCAGCGGUUCUCUUGCGCUGAACCUGUCGUGAGUGAUGUUGUCGAGGAGAAAGCUGCUAUGGAGUGGUAAUUCGUCGAUCGACGGUGGACGGGAAUCGAUGGAGAGCGAAGGCGGACGGCCGGAACAAGGGAGACAUUGGUUGUGAGAAGGUCUCGUUGCCUGCAUCGGAAGCUACAUCUUCUGGCCUCAACGGGAACGAAGAAGGAUGAACACGACCAAACAAACGGCUCACGGACUUGGACAAAAAAACUGGUCCGCAAGCAUAAACCGUUCGUCCUCCUCAUAGGACUCAACGUUGAACUGACGCGGAAGAUCGGUGCCAGGAAUCGAUGGAGCGGCACACGGCAGAGUGUGUAUAAUUUUUGUAGAAUAAGGCUAGUCUAGAAGACCUGAGACACUCAAGUCAGGCGAGGGUUGGUUGUGAGAUACGUUUGAGGUUUUUGAUAUGGUUGUUUCGUUGAAUUAAUGGCAAGCAGAACCCCCUCAUGUUGUGGCAUUUGCUCCGAUUGUGUUUGACCAUGUUUUCGGAAGAACAGUUUGGGGGGGAAUCUUUGGCGUGCCCAACAUGUGAUGGGGCGGCAGUUAUCAUGAAGUUCGCAAAUUUGCGUGCGAGGAUGUGCAUGUUGAAUAAUCCACCACACCGUCCGGCAGGAGAAAUACAUUAUUUUUUUAAUGUUGGGGGCAAAGUUUGCGAAAAGAAGAGCGGGUACGUGGUACACAGCUGCAGGAGCUUACGAAUCACAGCGCCCAGCCCACAACGUAGCAGCAGCACGGGGUUGUCGUCUUGC